AUUUUUGUUCGCUUCAGCUUUCUUUCAGCGGUGUUUAUAUCAAAACUUGCAAAAAAAAACUAGAAGUGAAACAAGCUUGAAGAUUUAACAAAAAUCGUUAUAAAUCGUUCAGUAAUAGUGGAGUAUUUAUCGAAUAUUUUCUUCUAGUUGUUGAAAACAUCAUUCAAAAUGAAAUUAGUGCGAUUUUUGAUGAAACUCAGCCACGAAACGGUCACAGUGGAACUUAAAAAUGGAACACAAGUGCACGGAACGAUUACUGGCGUGGACGUUGCGAUGAACACCCACCUCAAGGCAGUGAAGAUGACCAUCAAAAACCGAGACCCGGUCCAGCUGGAUUCGCUCAGUAUUCGGGGUAACAACAUCCGGUACUAUAUUUUGCCAGACAGUUUGCCACUGGAAACCCUGCUGAUCGACGAUGCUCCAAAGACGAGGGCCAAGAAACGGGAGGCUAAUCGCGGUGGACAACGAGGACGCGGCAGAGGAACGCGAGGUGGCCGCGGUGGUCCAAGAGGUGGACGUGGAGGCCCACGAGGUCGUGGUAGACGCUAAGAUCCGGUUUACACUUAAGCAUUCAAUAAUUGUCCCCAUCACUCCCUGCAUUAGAAUUAGGAGUUUUAGGUACACAAGAAUCCCAUUUCCCAUAGUUUUUCCCAGAAUUGAUUUCACAUAAAGUGAGUUGAAAUAAACACAAACAUAUGAAAAAUAUCACAA